ACCAGAGAAAGAAGAUGUGGCAGCCUUUCUGAGUGACAGUCUGUACGAAAAAGACAUUUUUAUUGCUGUUAAGAUCAUGACGUCGUCGCCAUUCCCAGAACGCCGUCUUCAAGCUAUUAAAGAUAUCGGACACUGGGCGUGGUCUGGUGGACCACCGGUCGCCAAGUUUGCCGGGAAUUACUUGUCUAAUUUACUCGGAAUUGCUACUAAUCCUACCAUGUCAAUUGAAAUGACAAAGGYCGCCGUACAAGCUAUUGGGAACAUAUGCUGCUCUAGUAAAGAGGCGAGUCUGCGCUCAAGUACUAUAGGAGUUGUCGAAUCACUGUGUAAAUUACUUGAUGAUCACAAAGAACCUGGAUACGAAGACUUGGAAACACUUCGUCGAAUGAUAAAAGACGACUGGCGAGGAUGGAAGMACAACGAAGCGCAAAGAUUGUACACGUUUCUUGGUUACGACMGRCAAAGCGAGAGACGACAGGAAAAACUACACGAAUAA